UAUUUUAUAAAUAUCUUCAAAAUUCACACAAAAAAGCAAAGCUCAAUAAAUAAGGUCAAAACCUCAAACUCUUCGAAUUUCCACUAUACAUACCACCUGUACUCCAAUUACCUAAUAGUUUUGGUUGUCUCAUAUUAUAUUAUCAGACUAUUGGAUUGACCUGCAAAUGAUCCCGAGCUUUUGGAUUUAUAGUGAUAAGUGGGAGUUCUUAGCAGUUUUUCAACAUGACGACGGUUUCCAGACUUCAGGACGAACUUCGAGCCUCGAAAGAAGAAUUGAGCAAAGUUGCAGAUCAAAUCAAACAGCUUGGAUGUAUAAAAAGGGCCCUUGAGAAGAAAGUAAAGGACAUUAAAUCAGAGUUAAAUUUAUUGAAUGAACGCGAAUCUUCUGUGACAAAAUACGAUCACGAUGAUUUUCCGUGGUAUAAGGAAAUGAUGUCCAAACUGCGGACCAUAUUCAAGAUAGAGGAUUUCAGGUCACAUCAGAAAUCAGCAAUUAAUGCAACGAUGCUUGGCGUGGAUUUGCUCUUGGUGAUGCCAACUGGAGGGGGAAAAUCCUUAUGUUUUCAAUUGCCUGCUGUAUUGUCGGCUGGCGUCACUGUAGUUGUUUCUCCAUUAAUUUCUUUAAUGGUAGAUCAAUUGCAAGGAUUGCAAUUAUUAGGAGUGCACACUGAAAUUUUCAACGGACAAUCAGACCGUCAGGAUACGAAACGAAUAUUUGCUGCAAUGUCCGACCCAAAGUCUGAGCUCAAAAUGUUAUAUGUUACACCGGAAAAAUUGGCCAAGAGCAAGCGUUUGAUGUCUCAAUUAGAAAAGAUGUAUAGGGCUGGGAGGUUCUCAAGGCUUGUUAUUGACGAAGUUCAUUGUUGUUCACAAUGGGGUCAUGAUUUCAGGCCAGACUACAAGUUUUUGGGAAUAAUGAAAACUCAAUAUCCGAGAACCCCUAUAAUCGGAUUAACCGCGACGGCUACCUCAAAUGUACUGGUUGACGUUCAGAAAAUUUUGAACCUUGAGGGUUGUCUUGUAUUGCGAGAUUCGUUUUAUAGGCCAAACUUGAGAUAUUCUGUAAUUGAUUCUUCGUCAAAGGAAAAAGUUGACGAUAUUGCAGAUAUCAUACAUUCAAAAUUUCCUAACCAAUCUGGGAUAAUUUACUGCCUCACGGUUAAGGAUUGCGAGGAUGUUUCAAGAAGAUUAAAUGAUCACAACAUUGUGUGCGCCACAUAUCAUGCUCAAUUGGACCCUCAAGACAGAAGUGAUGUUCAAAACCGUUGGUAUCAAAAUGAAAUAAAAAUUAUCGUCGCCACGAUCGCUUUCGGAAUGGGAAUAAAUAAACUGGAUCUUCGGUUUGUUAUCCACUACUCAAUGUCAAAAUCAGUUGAAAACUAUUACCAAGAGACUGGAAGAGCAGGAAGAGAUGGAUUAGAUGCAGAGUGCAUUUUAUUCUACAGCUUUUCCGACACAUUUCACAUUACUUCCAUGAUGAUGACAGAGAGAAAUGGGGCUCAAAAUGUGUACAGAAUGCUACAGUACACGUUGGACCAAGUGACCUGCAGGAAACAAAUCGUUGCAAAUCAUUUUGGAGACGCCUGCGAUGCAAUUGAGAGUGGCUGCAACAAAUGUGAUAACUGUGAUUUUAAGAUGAAUGACAAAAUUCGAUCUGAAGCGAUACAAGUUAAAGUCACGGAGCUGAUCAAGGACAUUCUCAAAUUGCUGAACCAUGCAUCAUCUCUGGAUAUUCGAAUGACGGCCCUAAAGUUAAUGGACGCUUGGUUUAAAAAGGGUGCUCCAAAGUUGAGGUCCGACGAUGUAUCGAUUCCAGAGUAUGGGCGGGAUAUCUGCGAAAAGGUUAUUGGACAUUUACUUGUGGAUGGGUAUUUAAAAGAAGAUUUCCAUUUUACUCCGUACUCCACGAUUAGUUACAUUGUUCCUGGCUCAAAGAGUUUCUUGGAUUUGAGAGACGAUUUAGUGUACAUGUUUUAUAAAACCUCUCUCGCUCCUUUAAAAACUAUCAAAAACAAUGCAAAACCACACACUCUUGCUCGUAAUCGUAUUAAUGGAAUGACAAAGUCUAAGAAAAGGAAAUCUAAAGAAGCAGCGACGGCAUAUUUGGACGAUUCUUCAGAUGAAGAACCUUUUCUCAAUAAGAAACCACAUCUGAAUUCUAAGAAAAGGUCUCCACCUCGCCACAUAAGUGAUUCUGAUGAUGAUUCGGAGUUUGAAGAUUUCAAAAAUGUUACAACAAGCAAAAAGUCGGAGAAAAGAGGGAAUAGUGAUGUUAUAACAAUUGACUGAUUUUUUAUCUAGUUUUAUUGUAUGAAGUUCAACAAGAGCAAGAAAUAGAAAUUAUGCAUAUACAAAGUAGUGUAUUACAUACAUAGGUACUAUCUUUCAUAUGUGUAAUUUUAUCCCAUGACAUGUAUUUUUUCAACAUUAACAAUUAUCCGUUGAUCUCCUCAGUAUUACAUUAUUACACAAGUCGUCUAAUCUCAUGACGUCACUUUUCGUCUUCAUUAGAAAUAAAAUUAAUUUUUACAAGAAA